AUGAUUGUAUUUGGGCAGAUUGUGCGCGCGUGGAUUUCGGGUACAAUCUUUUGGGAUAAGAUUCGACCCAAUACCACUCAGACCCCAACAACGCAGACCCCAGACCACUCAGACCCCAACAACGUAGACCCAAGACCACUCAGACCCCAACAACGCAGACCUCAGACCCCAGCAACGCAGACCCCAGACCACUCAGACCCCAACAACGCAGACCUCAGACCCCAGCAACGCAGACCCCAGACCACUCAGACCCCAACAACGCAGACCCCAGACCACUCAGACCCCGAAAACGCAGACCUCAGACCAAUCAGACCCCAAACAACGCAGACCUCAGACCACUCAGACCCCAGCAACGCAGACCCCAGACCACUCAGACCCCGAAAACUCAGACCUCAGACCACUCAGACCCCAGCAACGCAGACCUCAGGCCACUCAGACCCCAAACAACUUAGGCCUCAAUUCACAAGAGACUUACAGCUAAGAACCCAGACCACAAGGACCUCAGACCCUUAA